AGUGUGUGGCGUGUGUGGUGUGUAUGUGGCGUGUGUGUGGUGUGUGUAGUGUGUGGCGUGUGUGUGGAUGCACGGGCCGAGCAGGUGAAAAGAACAUGGAAAGAGUGGCAGGGAUGGAGGCACGGGGAGAUGGAGUGAGACACCGAGAGAGAGAGAGAGCGCGCGAGAGAGUUUGGCUGGAAGAGGCAUUGAUCAAGAGGAACUUCGCAAUGCGUGCGUGUGCAUCACAGUGGGGGUAAUGCCGCGAGACGAGCAGGAGGAGGUGACGAGAGGGAGGCACAGAGAGAAAGAGAGAGAGAGGGGGGAGGCAGGGCAAGGCAAGGGGGAGAGAGAGAGGGUGGGGGAGGUUGGUUGAUCGGAGGGCGCAGUUGGCAAAGACUCUCAGUGCGCGGCGGCGAGAAGCGAGAAAGCCAAAAAACAAUCGGCAGAUCACCUCCCCAGCGCCGGCCGCAUUGGCCGUGUUGUUGUUGUACGACGUGUAGGUACAGCCUCCAUCAUGAGCGAGGCGAGCCGGAGGGAGUGAAGGCACGGGGAGGGAGAGACGAGGGAGCCUGUCCUGGCGUGGCGAUGAAGUCGUAACGAGAGCGAGAGAGGCGGCGACACAGCCGGGGACCCUUGUGGAUUGCGCAGACGCGAACCCGCUCCUGGGAGGAUGCCCCGGGAGGCGCGGUUUAAGUGAUGCACGACGACGGUGACGUGAGUCCUGGGACGCUGCGAGUCACGGGUCACGCCGAGGGAGAUGCCGCUUUGACGCAAAGGGUCAGCGCGCUGGGCUCGCAAUCCGGCUGGGUCACCGGGAGUCCCGAGGCAGGGCUGCCUCGCCAUCCAAGCGAGAGAGAGAGAGAGGAGGGCGAGGAGGUGGCCGUGCUGUGGAGUUCCCCGACCACUGCCUCUCACCAUGACCUUGGCCUAGCUCUCCGCUGCGUAGACAUCGAACAUGGAGCGCAGCAACGACGUCGACCUGUCGCAGCUCCACAUCUCCCCCAAGUGGAACUCCCCGCACGGCCGCCACCGCUCGCAGUCUCUGCUCUCCUCCUCCUCCUCCGCCAGCGCCUGUGGCGGCAGCGUCGUCAGCAGCAGCAGCGGCAGCGAGUCGCCCACGUCGCCCGGCACCCCCGUGGAGACGGACCCCACCGACGCGGCGCCCCUCGCCCGGUCCCCCUCGCGCGCGACCCCCCGGCCGCCGGCCUCGGGCUGCUCCCCGCUCGCCGGUCCCGCGCCGGCACUCAACGGCGCCGCGCCGAGGUGCCGCGGCGCCUCCGCCGCGCGGCCGACCUCCGGCCUGCGCGGCGGCCCUCUCGAGUUCGACGUCGACUCGGUGGUGCUCAGCACCGACAGCGCCGCGGCGCGGAAGCUGGGCACCGCGCAGGUCAUCCCCAAGGGGCUGGCGGCCGGGAAGCCCGCCGGGGCCAACGCGUUCGCGCGCCGGGGCCUGAGCCACCACCGGAGCCUGCAGGCGGUCGACCGGCGCGAGCGCCGGACGCGCAGCCUCCUCUUCGCGGAAGCGGCGCCCUCGGCGUCGGACGAUGAGGGCGCCGCCUCGGCGGGAGACGCCGAGGCGGCGCCGGCGGAGGAGCCGGGCUCGCGCCGCCCGGACGACGGCGCCGGUGGCGGUGCCGUCGGCGACGUCGGGGGCCUCCAGCGGGGCCUUCGCUCCACGUCGUACCGCCGCGCCGUCUCGUCAGCCUCUGCGGGCGGGAAGGCCUCGGCCGAGGGCAAGGUCGGGUGGCUCAAGCCGCUGGGAGAGGACGCGGCCCACUCGCCCGCCAAGGCAAGCGACUCGAAGAAACUUUCGCUGAAGAAGUCACACACGUUUGAGGAGUGCGCGGACACGGUGCUGUACCAGCAGUUCCGCGAGCGAGGGCUCGACGGUGGGGCCGCGGACGAGGACGGCGGCCCCCCGGGGUCCCCCGAGCAGGGGGGGGGCCCUUCGCCGACGGCGGUGGGCUCGUCCUGCCCGCUGCCGGCCGCCGCCGUUGACUCGGACCCCAGCAUCGUGCCCACGUACAGACCCCAGCGGGUGAUGUGGAGUCAGCUGCCCGAGGUCGGGGACUCGGGCGUCCUGGAGAGGCUCUCCUCGGAGGAAAGGAAGAGGCAGGAGGCGAUGUUCGAGAUCAUCACGUCAGAGCACUCGUACCUGCACAGCCUGGAAGUGCUAAUCCGCGUGUUCCUGGAGUCGGCCGACCUCCGCAUCACUAUGACCAAGACGGAGCAGCACCACCUCUUCUCUAACAUCACCGACGUGCGCGACGCCAGCCGCCGGUUCUUCACGGACCUGGAGGCGAGGCACCAGGAGAACGUGCUCGUCCACAGCGUGAGUGACAUCGUCGAGCGGCACGCCAAGAGGUUCGACGCCUACGUCAAGUACUGCACCAACGAGGUGUACCAGCAGCGCACGCUCGCCAGCCUGCUGGCCAAGAACACGACCUUCAAGGAGACCCUGGGCAGGCUGGAGGCCCAGCCGGACUGCGGAGGCCUCAGCAUGACCUCCUUCCUCAUCCUGCCCAUGCAGCGCGUCACGAGGCUGCCUCUCAUCAUGGACACGAUUUGCCAGAAGACCAACAAGUUCUCCAUCGAGAGCGAGCGGGUCAAGCGGGCACUCAAGGCCGUGAGCAAGCUCGUCAAGGAGUGUAACGACGGUGCCAGGAAGAUGGAGAGGACAGAGGAGAUGUUUACUCUCCAGAAGCAGCUCGAGUUCCGAAUCAAGCCAUUCCCGCUGGUGUCGGCGUCACGCUGGCUGGUGAAGCGCGGAGAGCUCACGUCGCUCGGAGGGGAUGGGGGACUGUUCACGCGUCGCAAGCAAAGCCUCACGCUGCUGCUCUUCAACGACGUCCUCAUCGUGACGCGCAAGCGCGGAGAAGAGGCAUACCUGGUCACCGACUACGGCCUGGGCCAGCACCUCAUGGUGGACAGCGACGACGACGACCAGCCGGCCGCUCAGCAGCAGCAGCAGCCGCAGGCCUCCGCGCCGGGGGCCGCGGGGGAGAGCGGCACAGCGGGGGGCGCCGUCGGCCCCUCCCCUUCCGGGGGGGCCCCCGCCGCCGCCACCGCCUCGAACCCCCGCAGCAGCCUGAUGCUGCUGCGGCAGGGAUCGCUCGCCAACUUCUUCCAGGUGGUGAUCGCGAGGAACCACGCGGGCGAGCGCGUGGAGCUCAACCUCCUGGCCGACUCGCCGAGCGAGCGGGCGCGCUGGGUCUCGGCGCUGCGACGAUGGAAGAGAGAGAACGAGGACAGCGAACACUCCGAGUCGGCCGAGCGCAAAGACCUCACGCAGGUGGAGAUGAUACGCACCUACAUGGCCGUGCAGCCGGACGAGCUGUCGCUGCAGAUGGCCGACGUCGUCCUCGUCUACAAGAAGACGGCCGACGGCUGGUACGAAGGCGAGCGUUUGCGUGACGGAGAGAGGGGAUGGUUCCCGGCGGCCUGCGCUCAGGAGAUCACGUGCCACGCGGCCAUCCAGAGGAACAUGCAGCGCAUGGGCCGCCUGCUGGGACUGGAGACCAACGUCUAAAAGCCAUUGCCAGCCACCGCAAGCGCAGCCGCGCACACAACCAAACGCAGUCACGCAACCACACGCAACCGCGCACGCACGGGCACACAUUGGCCAACGCACUCUCCGGAUUAUAGCAAGACGCUCCCAGAGAGUAAGAGACAUCGACUUCCGCACAAAGCGAGGGAAACCGAUACAGAAUUGAGAUUGUGCAGAGCGGUGUUCUUCAUCGCAAGGCCCCGUGGGCCACUGGCGGGCCCCUGGUGGCAUUUAGUGCAGCUUCCGACAAUACACGAAUGGUGAAAACACAACCCCAUCAUCACCAUCAUCGUCAUCGUGGUGCUGCGGUCACAAACCCCCCAAUGGUUUCAAAUGGUGUGGCGGCCCUCACACCGACGAUGUCUUAUUGGCAAAAGUGCCCUCCCCCCCCCCAUGAAUAUCACUGCUGGAUAGCAACAACACCACCCAGCGACUGAAAAAACACUCGGCAGGAACCUUCUGACAGCGAGUCCCAAGACUCGGUAAGGCUUUCCCGGUUAAACGAACAGAAUAGUCAUAGCAUAGGCAAGAGGAUGAAACACACGCCUACCGGAUGAUAAGAUGCAUCAUCCCCACGCUUUAAGAAUACAGGGGGCGGGUGGUGGGAGGGGGAAAUAGUUGCGUCUUAUGAUCCGGAAAAUGCCGUAACCGACUUAAUCAACAAUCGCAAACCAAAAAUGCAGAUGCCCACACGCCAAGCAACAUGCACUCGAGCGGACUGCUACAAGGCGGCGUGAACGGAAAGAAAAAAAAGCCAAAGUGGACGUGACGAUACAGGGUGCUUCAAAAAAAUGUUAACACUUACAUGGGACUGCCGUUUUCAAUCGUAAAACAAUGGAUAAUACACUGUGUCGUGAUAACAAAUGUCAUGUUAAUAGCUUCAAAAAGUCAGUCCCCACUUGUUCGCCAUCGUUGUCAACGCACGCCUGGAAUCUUCUCCAGGCGGUCUCCAGAGCCCUGAGGGCAUACACGUCACAUGGUAUUGUUGCAAAUUCUCAGCAGUGUUAAAAACAUGUUUCUGAAGCACCCCGUUCAUAACCUAUGAAAUAAAAAUCACAAAUAGCACUUGAAAGGAGGGUAUAGCGGGAGACAUUUGAUUUUGGUGGCCAAUCGGGCACCACCUCCACGAAGGCGCCUUCGACCUCCGGGGACGGAGAGGGCCCGGAGGUGCGGCAGGGUCAUUGGGUCACGGCGGAUAUCGUGACGGUCGGAUGAAUACGCGACGUUGCCCAAAACCUACUGCCUGCGCUCUGGAACCUACCCAGCGUGCCGUUCGUUGCUGCCGUGUUCAACUCUCCUCCCUCUAUCUCUCUCGUUUGCUUGCAACGCGAUGCAAUUUACAGGGAAACGGCCUUUUGCAACAAGAAAAGCGUCCUUUUAAAAUGUCCGCGAUGGGAGUCCUCGGGGAAGCGUUUCGAGUUCGGAUUUUUAGACAAAUCAAUUGUACAUUCAUAUCAUGUAUAUUUUAAUAAAUGUCACAUGUAUAC